GAAUGUAACAUAGUAACAUAGCAGAUGAGCCUAGAGCUGCAGCCCCUGAUCAUGUGACUCCUCCUCCUCCUCCUCCAUGUGACUGAUCACAUGACGGUGACAUCAUCGCAGGUCCUGUAAGCACACGGCUCCUCUACAGAUACAGGUUUCUCCAAUCCAGGAUCCUCUGCUGAUAUCUUUUAUAUAAGAGAAUUCUCCUGGAUGACCCAUCAACCAUGGAGAGAGACAGGAACAAGAUGGCCGACAGGAUCAUAAACCUUACCAUACAGAUACUCUUCCGGCUUACUGGAGAGGAUUACACAGUAGUGAAGAAGUCCUCUAGUGGGCGCUGUCGGGCCCCUGUGUGUGAAGGAUGGGGAAGAACCCUGAGCCCAAUCCCGGGGCCCCCACCUCACUCCCCGAUACAUGAGGAAAUGGAUGAACAGAAGAUCCGAGAACUCAUCAACAAGAUGAUUGAGCUGCUGACUGGAGAGGUUCCUAUAAGGUGUCAGGACGUGGCGGACUAUUUCUCCAUGGAGGAGUGGGAGUAUGCAGAAGGACACAAGGAUCAGUACAAGGAUCAGGUGAUGAUGGAGGAUCAGCAGCCCCUCACAUCACCAGUCAGAUCCAGGAAGAGAACAGCACCAGAGAGGUGUCCCCGUCCUCUUGUAGAACAGAAUAUGGAGGUCAUUACUACAUGGAAAGAUCUGGACUAUAUUAAUGCUACAGACAUAAAGAAAGAAGAGACAGAUUUGAGCAGUGAUGAUAAGUAUAAGGAGGACAUUCCUAUAGGGGAAGAUCUGAUCUAUAUUAAUGCUCCAGACAUAAAGGAAGAAGAAGAGACAGAUAGGAGCAGUGAUGAGCAGUAUAAGGAGGACAUUCCUAUAGGGAAAGAUCUGAUCUAUAUUAAUGCUCCAGACAUAAUAGUAAAAGUAGAAGAAGAGACAGAUGUGAGCGGUGAUGAGCAGUAUAAGGAGGACAUUCCUAUAGGUAUCCGCCCAGAUUCUUGUAGCAGGAGAUCAGAGGAGAAUCUUAUAUCUUCAGAUUAUAAAGCAGAUGAUGAUAUCACACAAGAUACAUAUGAAGAACAUUCCAUUAUCCCAGAUACACCCUCAGCCCUUCACAGCCAAGAUCUGUCAUCUCAUCCUUAUAUACAGGUCCUGUCUUCUCAGUCAUCACAGAAAGGUCACAGAAGGGGUGUUGGACAUCAACGAGCUCAUACAGGAAAGAAAACAUAUUCAUGCUCAGAAUGUGGGAAAUGUUUUACUCAGAAAUCAAGUCUUGUAGUACAUCAGAGAACUCAUACAGGAGAGAAGCCAUUUUCAUGUUCAGAAUGUGAGAAAUGUUUUACUGCUAAAUCAGAUCUUGUUAGACAUAAGAGAAGUCACACAAGAGAGAAGCCAUUUGUAUGUUCACAAUGUGGGAAAUGUUUUACUCAGCAAGCACAUCUUGUUGCACAUCAAAUAACUCACACAGGUGAGAAGCCCUUUCCAUGUUCAGAAUGUGGGAAAUGUCUUACUCGGAAAGCACAUCUUGUUAUACACCUACAGAAAUGUCUGUUACGCAAAAUGCAAAUAGAAUCCAAAUAACACAUCUGUAUUUAUGUCACCAGGUACUAGAAUAUUAUACAUUAAACCUUGGUCCUGUCUUCUUAUUAUCACAGGAUGUUAAGAAAAAAAAUAAGGUCACAGAAGAGCUGUUGGACAUUGAGAAGCUCACACAAGAAAGAAACAAUAUACAUGCUCAGAAUGUGGGAAAUGUUUUACCGAUUUCUGAGUUCUUUGAUGUACAAAAUGACUUGAUUUAAAAAUGGCUUCUCUUCUGUUUUCAUGUUCAGAAUGUGGGAAAUCAAGUUUUGUUCAACAUCAUUGAACUCAAACAGGGGAGAAACCAUUUUCAUGCUCAGCAUGUGGAAAAAGUUUUACUUACAGAUCAAGUCUCGUUGAACAUGAAAAAUCUCACACAGUGGAGAAGCCAUCUUUAUGUUCAGAAUGUGGGAAAUGUGAUACUUGGAAACCAAACUUAUUAGUCAUCAAAGAACUCACACAAGAGAGAAACCAUUUUCAUGCUCAGAAUGUGGAAAAUGUUUUACUUGGAAAUCAGCUCUUCUUCAGCAUCAAAGAAUUAACACAGGAGAGAAGCCAAUUCAGAGCAAUAAAUGAUGCAGAUAACACAUCUAUAUAUUAUCCAUGUACAUAGGAUAUCUGACGUUUAUACAUAUAUCAUAUACUGCAUCUCCAAACUUGUU